GAGAAGUGACGUUAGAUAGAGCGAGGCAGGGACUACUGGGAGAAAAGAGAGAGACGACAGAAACACUGAUGCACCAGCAUGAGGAGACGGCCACGUUCUCACUAACAUGGACAAGUACGACAAGGUGAAGAAAAUCGGGGAAGGUUCCUUUGGAAAGGCCAUCCUCGUCAGAUCCAAACAAGAUGGACGACACUAUGUCAUCAAGGAGAUCGGCAUCUCUGGAAUGCCAGACAGAGAGAGACAAGAGUCUCGCAAAGAAGUCGCUCUUCUCGCCAAAAUGAGUCACCCCAACAUCGUCCAGUAUAAGGAGUCUUUUGAAGAGGGCGGCUGUCUCUAUAUUGUGAUGGAUUACUGUGAAGGUGGAGAUUUGUUCAAGAAGAUCAACUCUCAGAAAGGAGUUCUUUUCUCAGAGGAGCAGAUCCUGGACUGGUUUGUGCAGAUUUGCUUGGCACUGAAACACGUUCACGACCGAAAGAUCCUGCACCGUGACAUCAAAUCACAGAAUAUAUUUCUGACCAAAGACGGGACCGUACAGCUCGGGGACUUUGGAAUAGCGCGUGUGCUGAACAGCACUGUAGAACUGGCAAGAACGUGCAUCGGGACGCCGUAUUACCUGUCGCCAGAGAUCUGUGAAAACAAACCAUACAACAACAAGAGUGAUGUCUGGGCCCUGGGUUGUGUCCUGUAUGAAAUGUGCACCCUGAAACAUGCAUUUGAGGCUGGAAACAUGAAGAACCUGGUUCUGAAGAUCAUCCGUGGCUCGUAUCCUCCAGUCUCUGUCCACUACUCGCAAGAACUGCGCUCUCUGGUGGCGCUGCUCUUCAAACGCAGUCCACGAGAGCGGCCGUCGGUCAGCGGCAUCCUGGAAAAAUCCUUUGUGUCGCACAGGAUAGAGAAGUUCCUCACGCCACAGCUCAUCGCUCAGGAAUUCCGCCACACUUUUCUUCACAAGCAGCCUAAAGCAAGCGUGUUGCCCGGGCAACCAGUCAAGCGUCCGGCUCCUGGCUCCACGCCUCUCACUCCAGCCCAGAAAAUCACCAAACCAGCCGCCAAGUACGGAGUGCCUUUAACUGUGAGGAAGGUGUCGGACGUCGCCAAGAAGCCCGCGGAGAGGAAACCGGCCGUCAAACACAAAGCGGCUCCUCCCCCUGCAGCCUUCAAAAGAAGAGAGGACGAGGAGGAGAGGAAAAAACACGAGGAUGGCAUCAGGAAGAAACGACUGGAGCUGAUCGAGAAGGAAAGGAAACAGAGAGAGCAGAUGUUCCUGGUGAAAGCAGAGCAGAUGAAGAGAUAUGAAAAGGAAAAGAUCAAUCGUAUAAACCAGGCCAGAGAACAAGGCUGGAAGCAUGUGUUGAGUUCCAGUGGAGGCAGCAGUCCAGAGAGGAAAUGUUUUGUAGGUGGACGUAACAGGGCCGCAGGUGUUACCCCCUCUGUCCUGGGCUAUGGUCCGAGUCCAGGUCCGGGUCCUGUCCAGAGCAAAGGCCCGUAUGAGCACUACCACGCCGCUCUGGAUCACAUGACUAAAGCACAACCUAAAGUCAUCAGCAGGGAGGGAUCGUCUCCAGGACCAGGGAGUCCGGUCCGUGUACCAGCAGCUGCUGGACCAGUGAGGCCCAAAGGCCCCGCCCAUCUCCUAAACCACGACGCAAUCAAGAGAGAACUUCAGAGGCUGCAGUUUGUUACUGUUCAAGCUCGCAUCAGUAGGCAGCACGACCCGAUGACCCAUCAAGUGGAGGAGUUUUUACAACGUAAGAGAGAAGCUAUGCUCAACAAAGUCCGCGCUGAGGGACAGCUGGGAACACGGCAAAACCUGUCUGCGGUCUUCGGAGGCCGGGUGGGCUCGGUUCAGUGCCGGAGACCCCGAGUCAACAAAGAGGAGGAGGAGUAUCUGAAGAAACUGAGGCAGAUCCGUCUGCUCAACUUCAACGAGCGUCAGCAGAUCAAAGCUCGGCUCAGAGGAGAGAAGUACGACAGCGAUGGUUCAGACAGUCAGGAGUCCAGCGAGGAGGCAGAGCUCAGGAGGAAGAAGAUAGAGGUUUUAAAGGCCCAAGCUAACGCUCGUGCUGCUGUACUGAAGGAGCAGCUGGAGAAGAAGAGGAGGGAGGCGUAUGAGAGGGAACAGAGAGCCUGGGAGGAUCAUCUUGCAGCACGGGGGAUGAAGGCUGCUUCAGUCUCAUCUGCCUCUGACAGUCCAGUUCCUCAGUCCAGUUCCUCUCACACAGAAGCAGCUGCCAAAGCUGUGGCUCCACCCACGACCAAACCCUCCACCCCUGCUAUAUCCAUGACCGCGGCCCUGAGGAAUGUGGGGGGAGUCAAUAUGAUUCCACUCUUACCUGAGGCAGAGACUUCCACUGUCAUCCAGCAGAGUGAGAAAAAGCAGAUUCUUCAGCGACUCAACCAGAACUUGAAAGCCCAGAGUCCAGUGGAUGAGGCCGAGGAGUCACAACCAGAACCAGAACCAGAACCAGCUCCACACCAGAACCAGCCUGACACGGAGAAUCGCCCAUCGUCCAACGGAGACCGAAAGAAAUGGGACCCGGCAGAACUGCCAGUGCUUCCUGUGGUUCAGCAAACGUUGGGAGAAACGUGUGCCACGUCUGUGUGUCCAGAGGACAGACCGCCCUCUGGUGGAGACAGGAAGAAGUGGGAGGCGGGAGUUCCCCUCGUUCUCUCCGUCGCUCAACAAACUCUAGACGAGACGUGCAUCACAACCAUCGAGCAAACGGUGGGUGAAGUCAUUCUGAUGAGUGUUCUCCAGGAGGAAGCUCAGAGGAAGGUAUGGGGAGCAGAUGUGGACUCUCAGGUGCUGAAGGUCCUUCAGGAGGCCGAGCUGCAGCCUCUGACUCAGCAGCUGGAGAACGACUCCAUCCACGAUGAAUCUCAGCAGACAGCAGCGCCACCACACGCCUCUGUGACGCUUCCACACAACCUCACUGACACUCAGGACCCAGCAGAUGUGGAGUGGUUGGUUUUGGAGGAGACGUCCAAACAGACGUCACGUCCUGCAGCUGUUCAGCAGGCGUGGGAGCAGCAGGAAGACGCUCAGCAGCCAUGUCCACCAGAGGGCGACAGAACACCAGCAGUUUCCAAGGAGGAAGAGAAGAGUGAAGAGAAAGCAACAUCAUCCUCCUCCUCUGGUGUGGCCCAGUGGGAGGAGCCUCUGUUUGUGAAGCUGUGCUCCCCGGCUCACCGUCGUGCCGCCGCCCUCGCCGUCCUCUCGGCUCAGUCGUCUGUGGAUGAGUCGUCGUCAUCAGUGGCCUCACGCUCGCGCUCCGUCUCUCCUCUGCGCUCCAAACCUCACAGCUCGCUCCUCAUCGGUCUGUCCACGGGAAUGUUUGACGCCAACAAUCCGAAGAUGUUGAGGACCUGCUCUCUGCCGGACCUCAGUCGUCUCUUCAGCGCUCAUCUGGAUGCCGCAGCGGCGGCCACGUGUUCUAACGUCGCUCCAGACAACAACCUGGAGAUCGAGGACCUGGAAGACGCAGAUAAAGACGACGGCGAUGGCCAAUCUGAGCCUGAAGAUGCCUUUGAGGAUGAAGAUCUGAGGGACAUCAGGGCAUCAAUGGAGCGGCUGCUGCAGGAGGAAGAGGAAGAGGAGGGGGAUCUGGUCAGAGAUGGAGACUUUAACGGAAACCCCUCAGAGAGCGAAGACAAGGACUUUUUCAACGGGAUUGAUCAGGAAAACAGUCGCAUGAACGUAGAUGAGGAUGAGGAGGAAGAUGAAGAGGAGGAGGAUGAAGAGGAGGAUGAAGAAUGCUCCAAUGGGAGUCCUGGUGAUGCGGAGGCAGGCGAGCUGUUGACCAAUGGUGUUGGAGAAGAGAACAACAGCCAACUCAAUGAAGAGUGGCAUUCAGACGGCAGCGAGGAUGAUCAGAGCGGCGACACCGAGCAUCACGACAGCAUCUUCAGUCGUCUGGAGGAGCUCCGCUUCAACCUGGAGCAGCAGAUGGGCUUCGAGAAGUUCAUCGAGGCCUACAACAAGAUAAAGGCCAUCCAUGAAGAUGAAGAUGAGAACAUUGACCUGGGUUCCAGUCUGGUCCUGAACAUUCUGGGGACUGAGCACCAGCAUCUGUAUCCUAACAUCCUUCACCUGGUCAUGGCUGACGGAGCGUACCAAGAAGAUAACGAUGAAUAAGGACGACCCUCUGUCUGUUCCUCUGAUGAACGUCGCCUCCUGGAGGAUCUAUCUAUGCAUGAAUCGUUGACAGCGUCUCAACCUCACGAACACGUAUUUGUUUUGAUGAUCACAUGACCCUUGGAUCACAUGACCCUUACUUUGUCACCAGUGUUUUUUCAGAAGUUUGUUAUUAAUCAAAGUUAAUAAAAAGUUAGCAAAAAUGACGUCCACACUGAUUCAGUGAGAGGUUCACAGAGCGGCGACUUUGUAACGACCACAGGCCCAACUCAUCAGAGGGCUUUUAUUUUGGCGGGGAAAGAUCUGGUCGUCUCAGGUGCUGUCUUUCUGUCUCUCUCUCUCUCUCUCUCUCUCUCUCUCUGUCUGUCUGUCUGUCUGUCUGUCUGCCUGUCUCUCUCUGUCUGUCUCGUGAUCAGAUCUGUGAAGACGCCAUAGUUAAUGUUUCACUCGCGCACACACACACACAGAACCAGUCAAACCUCUUUUUUGUUAAAACAAAAUGUUAAAUUUCUCACAUUGGCAUCACAGUUCGUGUCAUUGUCUCUGACUGUGAGACUGUUGUGCGUUGCCGUGGUGAUGCAUCAGAGUGACAGUCAGUACAUCGGCAGUGUUCAGUACUGACCGUGUUAAAGCAAUGAUUCAUCUACGUUUGUUUUAUUUACAAAGCAAAUAUUGUACGUAUUUUUUUGUGAAAUAUUAAUAAUAAAAGGAUUUUUUAAAAGUGCAUUUUAAUUCAUCUGUGUCACAUUAACAUAAUAAAUUCUUCCCCAUUCA